AUGAAUGUGGCAGCGAAGUACCGCCAGGCGUCGCUGUACGUGGGUGACCUCCACGCAGAUGUCACCGAGGACUUGCUGUUCAAAAAGUUCAGCACCGUGGGGCCUGUGCUGUCCAUCCGCAUCUGCAGGGACCUGGUCACCCGCCGCUCUCUGGGCUAUGCCUACGUGAACUUCCUGAAGCUGGCCGAUGCCCAGAGGGCCCUGGACACGAUGAACUUUGACACGAUAAAGGGCAAACCCAUCCGCCUCAUGUGGUCUCAGCGCGAUGCCUACUUAAGGAAGUCGGGCAUCGGGAACGUGUUCAUCAAGAAUCUGGACAGAUCCAUUGAUAACAAAACCCUCUAUGAACAUUUUUCAGCCUUUGGGAAGAUCCUUUCCUCCAAGGUGAUGAGUGAUGACCAAGGAUCUAGGGGCUAUGCAUUUGUGCACUUUCAGAACCAGAUCGCAGCCGACAGGGCCAUCGAGGAGAUGAAUGGGGCUCUGCUUAAGGACUGCAGGCUGUUUGUCGGCAGAUUCAAAAACCGUAAAGAUCGGGAAGCCGAGCUCCGCAGCAAGGCCAAUGAAUUCACCAAUGUUUACAUCAAAAACUUUGGAGAUGACAUGGAUGAUGAGAGACUGAAGGAAGUUUUCAGUAAAUAUGGUAAAACCCUGAGUGUGAAGGUGAUGACAGAUUCCAGUGGGAAAUCCAAAGGCUUUGGCUUUGUGAGUUUUGAUAGCCAUGAGGCUGCCAAAAAGGCCGUUGAAGAAAUGAAUGGAAAGGAUAUAAACGGACAGCUGCUUUUUGUAGGCCGGGCGCAAAAGAAAUCCGAGCGACAGGCCGAGUUAAAGCAACUGUUUGAGCAGCUGAAACAGGAAAGAUUUCGGAGGUGCCAAGGCAUGAAGCUCUAUAUUAAGAAUCUCGAUGACACCAUUGAUGAUGAGAAACUGUGGAGGGAAUUUUCUUCAUUUGGAUCAAUUAGCAGAGUCAAGAUAAUGCGGGAAGAAGGGCGAAGCAAAGGGUUUGGCUUGAUCUGCUUCUCCUCUCCUGAGGAGGCCACUAAAGCAAUGGCUGAGAUGAAUGGCCGUAUCUUGGGCUCCAAGCCACUCUACAUUGCCCUGGCCCAGAAGCCCUAG